AUGCGCGAACAGGCUUCGAACACGACGGUAUGCAUAUUCGUCGUCGCCGACGGGCAGGAGCAUCCCGUCAAGCUCUCCAACGCGUUCUACGGCUGUGGAUUGUCAAAGAGCGUCAUCUCGAGGAGUAGAGCCACGGCCAGUCACGGAUCUAUAAGGUCGAUCCCACCAACCAAGAUCGCAGACCACACCGGCAGAACCUACAGCUCGACUUCCAAGGUCUCUCUGCGGUGGUACUACGAUGGCGGGACGCAGACAUUUCCGGAGACUUUCUACAUCGCCGAUGCAGCCACGACGGACCUUCCCUGGGACGCCAUACUAUGCGAUACCGCCGAAUCACCGUCCUCUGCCUUGGUUCCCCAGGCUAACACCAUUUUGAGAGCGCCUGGUGGGGCAGACAGUCAACGCGAGAAAGAGCGCAAGGAACGUGAAGAGGUCAACCGAAAGAAAUAUGAAAGAGAAAGGCGUGAACAGGUCGAUAGGAUCAGGGAAGCUUUUGCGUCGAAGCAGGCUCGGGCCAAGCAUGGGUGA